AACACGACCAAGUGCCUAUACAUCGAAGGCUCAAACGCCCGAUAAACUAAAGUACCAUCAUGUCGACGACGCACUACAAGGGCAAGCCAUUCGACGAUGACAACGCUACGGGCCUAAGCGGCGGAGUCAACCAGAAAGACGCGCUGAAGAACGUCACCUCGACGUCGAACAAUCCUGUGAACACAGACAGCCUUUCAGGGCAGGCGAGCCAUGACCGCGAAAAGGGAAUGGGAUCUACUGCUUUCAGUCAUAAGCAGAGCGCCGAUGCGCACCCUGACACGCGCCAGGAGAAGGGCCCUGGCGGGCAUCGGGAGGCGCUGGGCUCAAGAGGACCUAAUGAAGAAGUCGCUGAUAGCAAGUUCGUGGAAUCACUGAAUGAGGCUGGGAAGAGGCAGCAGCAGAAGGGAUCGACCGCUAUCUGA